UUCAGACCAAAAGAAAAAAUGACAGUCACCUGACAGCGUGGUGCCCAGUCAACCAGCUAUACCAAUUUUGAAGAUUUUAAGAACUUAGCCUCCUGAACAGGCUUCUUCAAAAGUGAAAAGUGGUGGCAGUGGCAACAGCCGAUGACUACCAAGAAAUUCCUUUUCCACAGAGAGGCAGAGUUAGUUACAUUUGGAACCUGUGACAACACCUACUGAGGACAGACUUCUAAGCAAGGAGAAACUUCAGGACAAGUCAUGAAAAUAUGGAAACGAGAUGGUUUUUGUCGAAGAUUCAGGAUGAAUUUAGAGGUGGAAAAAUUAACGUAGAAAAAACUCAUAGAUUACUUGAAAAAUUAGAUAUUCCUUGCAAUUUUGGUCAUGUGAAAAAUAUUUUUAAGACAUCUGAGUACCCAGUGGUGCUCUCUUUAGAAAACCACUGCUCCCCUUCCCAGCAAGAAGUAAUGGCAGAUGUUUUGCAGACUACUUUUGGAGAUUCCCUGCUUUCUGACUUGCUUGACGAUUAUAUAGACAAACUACCUUCACCAGAGGCACUGAAGUUCAAAGUACUCAUUAAAAAUAAGAAAAUAGGAACCCUAAAGGAAACUCAUGAAAGGCAUGGUUUUAAUAAGCAUGGUAAAGUGGAGGAAUUGGAAGAAGAAGAAGAACAAGAGCAGGAGGAGGAAGAAGAAGAAGAAGUGAAAGAAACAGAAUCAUAUGAUAAUUUUUUGACAACACUCAAUCAAGAAACGGAAAUGGAGGAAAAAAAGACACUUCCAAUAACACUUUUCAAGAAAAAGAAGGUCAGGAAGAUAAGAAUAUCUUUGGCCUUAUCUGAUCUUGUCAUUUAUACUAAAGCUGAGAAGUUCAAAAGCUUUCAAUAUUCAAGACUAUAUCAGCAAUUUAAUGAAAAUAAUUCUAUUGGUGAGACACACGCUCGAAAACUUUCAAAGACGAGAGCCUAUGAGUUUAUUUUUCACACCAAGAAUUUCAUUACCAGAAUAUAUCCUAAAGCAACAAGAGCAGACUCUUCUAACUAUAAUCCUCAAGAGUUUUGGAAUAUAGGUUGUCAAAUGGUGGCCUUGAAUUUCCAAACUCCUGGUCUGCCCAUGGAUCUGCAAAAUGGGAAAUUUUUGGAUAAUGGUGGCUGUGGAUAUAUUUUGAAACCCCAAUUCCUAAGAGAUGCUAAAUCAAACUUUAAUCCAAGUAAAAUAAGAGACAGCAAUCCACUUACACUUACAAUAAGGCUCAUCAGUGGUAUCCAGUUGCCUCUUGGUAACUCAUCCUCUAACAAGAUUGACACAUUAGUGAUUGUGGAAGUUUUUGGUGUUCCAAAUGAUCAUAUGAAACAGCAGACUCGUGUAGUUAAAAAAAAUGCUUUUAGUCCAAGAUGGAAUGAAACAUUCACAUUUAUUAUUCAAGUGCCAGAAUUGGCAUUGAUACGUUUUGUUGUUGAAACUCAAAGUUUACUAACUGGAAAUGAAUUUCUUGGGCAAUAUACUUUACCAGUUCUAUGCAUGGAAAAAGGUUACCGCCGUAUUCCUCUGUGUUCCAAAACGGGUGAGAGUCUUGAGCCUGCUUCACUGUUUGUCUAUGUUUGGUACAUCAGAUAGCAACAGGGAAUACCUGACACAUUGUUAGCUAUACACCACAAUAAAACAGCCAAAAUGAAUGUU